UGUCAAGAUGGCGCUGUUCGUAGUGGGAGACCUGAGUUAGUUCAGACUAGUCACUGCCAUUUAUUCAGUUAUUGGGCCACAAACGCAACAUUAGCCACGACAGCAUGGCGACCCUGGAUCAAAAAUCGCCCAACGUGCUCCUCCAGAGCCUCUGCUGCAGAAUCACGGGGAAAAGCGAAGCUGAAGUGGCCCACCAGUUCCAGUAUGCAGUGCGAGUCAUUGGCAGUAACUACGCCCCCACCAUUGAGCGGGAUGAGUUCCUGGUGUCGGAGAAGAUCAAGAAAGAACUGCUGAAGCAGAGGAGAGAAGCCGACGCCGCGCUGUUCUCGGAGCUGCAUCGGAAACUUCAGACGCAGAGUGUUCUGAAGCAUCGCUGGUCGGUUCUCUACUUGCUGCUCAGCCUCUCUGAAGACCCCCGCAAACCGUCCGGCAGGGUGGGAAAUUAUGGAGCUCUCUUUGCCCAGGCCCUCCCCAGGGACGCCCACUCCACCCCCUUCUACUGCACCCGGCCCCAGAGCCUGGCCCUGGGCUACGGGGACAGGAGCGCCGGCCUGUCAGCCAGUGUGGGGACCAGCGGCAUCUCCAGUCUGGGAGUCUACACUCUGAACGGGCCCACGGCCACGCCGCAGUCACUGCUGGCCAGUCAAGCCCCUCAGUCUGCAGCAGGAGGCGGCCAGCCUCUGGGCUCUCGGCUGGCCUGGGCUCUCCCUGUGAGCUGCUCCCCCUCCACCGCUCUGGCCACGCUCGCCACUCGACCCCCACUCGGACCUGCGGUCCCCUCCUCCAGAGCGAUCCGUCCUCGGCGAGACGGGGAGGUGAGCGAGGCGGCGCUGGUGCGGGACAUCCUCUACGUCUUCCAGGGAAUCGAUGGCAAGUUCAUCAAGAUGAGCGGCCAGGAAAACUGCUACAAAAUAGACGGCAAGGUGGUGCUGUGCAAGUCCCUGAGAGACACCAGCAGCCGCCUGAGCGAGCUCGGCUGGCUCCACAACAAAGUCAGGAAGUACACUGACGUCAGGAGCCUGGACCGCGCCUUCGGGCUGGUGGGACAGAGCUUCUGUGCCUCCCUCCACCAGGAGCUGAAGGAGUACUACCGGCUGCUGUCUGUCCUCCACUCACAGUUGCAGGUGGAGGACGAGCAGGGUGUGCUUGUGUGCACCGAGAGCAGUCUGACUCUCAGAAGGCUCCUGGUCUGGAUGUACGACCCCAAAGUCCGACUCAAAACGCUGGCCGCCCUCGUCGACUUCUGCCAAGGUCGAAAAGGAGGCGAGCUGGCGUCCGCCGUCCACUCUUACGGGAAAACGGGCGACCCGCAGAUGAGGGCGCUGGUUCAGCACAUCCUCAGCCUGGUGUCGCACCCCAUCCUCAACUUCCUGUACAGGUGGAUCUACGACGGGGAGCUAGAAGACACCUACCACGAGUUCUUUGUAGCAUCAGAUCCCAACGUGAAGACGGAUCGCCUCUGGCACGACAAGUACUCCCUCAGGAAGUCAAUGAUCCCCUCGUUCAUCACCAUGGACCAGGCCCGCAAGGUUCUGCUCAUCGGUAAAUCCAUCAACUUCCUGCAUCAGGUCUGUCACGACAGGACGCCGCCCUGCAAGAUCACGCCGGCGUCCACGUCUGCGGACACGCCCAAAGAUGCUGCAGAGCUGCUGUCGGACCUGGAGGGGGCGUUUCAGGAGAAGAUCGACGCCGCCUACUUUGACACCAGCAAAUACCUGCUGGACGUUCUCAACCGUAACUACCUGCUGCUGGAGCACCUGCAGGCCAUGAGGAGAUACCUGCUGCUGGGCCAGGGAGACUUCAUCAGACACCUCAUGGACCUGCUAAAGCCGGAGUUGGUGCGUCCUGCCACCACUUUGUAUCAACACAACCUGACCGGCAUCUUGGAGACGGCCGUCAGGGCCACAAACGCCCAGUACGACAACGCAGAGAUCCUCAAGAGGCUGGACGUUCGCCUGCUCGAGGUGUCUCCUGGUGAUACAGGCUGGGAUGUGUUCAGUCUGGACUACCACGUUGAUGGACCCAUUGCUACGGUGUUUACGAGGGAGUGUAUGGGCCACUACCUGCGUGUGUUCAAUUUCCUGUGGAGGGCGAAGAGGAUGGAGUACACACUGACUGACAUCUGGAAGGGACAGAUGUGUAAUGCCAAGCUGCUCAAAACCAUGCCUGAGUUGUCCGGCGUGCUGCAUCAGUGUCACAUCCUGGCCUCGGAGAUGGUCCACUUCAUCCACCAAAUGCAGUACUACAUCACCUUUGAGGUGCUGGAGUGCUCCUGGGACGAGCUGUGGAACCGAGUGCAGCAGGCGCAGGACCUCGACCACAUCAUCGCCGCCCACGACAUCUUCCUCGACAGCGUCAUCUCAAGAUGCCUGCUGGACAACAACAGCAGGUCUCUUUUGAACCAGCUGAGGGCCAUAUUUGACCAGAUCAUCGAGUUUCAGAGCGCCCAGGACUCCCUCUACCGCUCGGCACUGGAGGAGCUCGCCCUCCGGCUGCAGUUUGAGGAGAAGAAGCAACAGCGGGAGGAGGAGGGUCAGUGGGGAGUGACGGCCGAACAGGAAGCCGAAGAGAAGAGGAGGAUUCAGGAGUUUCAGGACACCAUACCAAAGAUGCGCUCCCAGCUCCGCAUCCUCACCCACUUCUACCAGAGCAUCGUCCAGCAGUUCCUGGUGUUGCUGAUGACCAGUACGGAUGAGAGUCUGCGUUUCCUCAGCUUCAGACUGGACUUCAAUGAGCACUACAAGGCCAGAGAGCCGAGGCUGCGAGCGUCGCUCGGCACCAACCGAGGGCGACGGCCGUCGGGCAUCUGACGCCACGAUGACAUCAACAAACGUUGGGGAUGACAUCACAGGGGGGGAGAGAGGGUGGGAGGCCGGCCGACUUGAAGCGCCUCGUGUCGAGAUGUAUGUCAUGCCUUGGGAGGAGCGACCCAGCCGCCGUACCCACCGGUCUGGUGUCGCGGCAGCACGGACGGUCGACCAAGUGAUGACGUCACAGCAGGCGCGGAUCCCUGCGUCGGAUCGCAAAGGAAUAUAAAAAAAAAAAGUCCAGAAAAUCAAACGUUAAACGGCAAUUCUGGGGCCAAAAAAAACCGCGAGGUGAAUUUGGGGAAACGGAAGCCGCCGUCGGACUGAGCUCCCCGAGUCGCACACAGGGCCACCUAACAUGGCACGCCUUAUUAACGAGACAAAAACAAACAAAAGCGUCAUCUCAGCGUCGUUGCCAAAUCUAGUCCCCAAACACACAUAAUGUAUGUACAUAGAGUUUAUAAAAAAAAUGUAUGUAUGUGUAUAUAGUAUGCAUCUUCACACGUCAGCUGUGGCUUUGCAUCCUCUCACGAGGGUUCAACCGAUAUGGGUCUGAUAUUGAUAAUUUUUUGUAUUUGUAGCCGCUGUUUAAAAUGAUAAAUUGAGCACUUUUUUUAAAAAAGUACAAUUCUUCCUUUCGAGACGCAGUGUUUCCAAAGCAAAGGGAUUCGCUCUCUGUGAACACGUCACAGCGGUCACAGGAUGUCUCCGCGUCGGGACGCCAGCAUAUCGGUCGAACCCUCGAUCGCCACGCCAGGUUUAUUUUUUUUCCAUCUUUUUUUAUUUUUAGCGUGUCGGGGUCAGCUGUCCAAUCACAAUCACACAGAGGACUUUGCAUCACGCGCAGACACACACACACACACACACACACACACACACACCAAACGGACAAUUCUGCUCCCAUUGACCUCCGGCUCGUACAGAGAAAGAAGAACUUUGACUUUGUUUACCACUUCUAUUAAUAUCUGACGUUCCGUUUUUUGCUUCUUUUUUUUUUUAAUAGAUCGGUUUACCGUUACGUAAGUGGGGAUUUGGAACCAUCGUGAAGCUUCUGGCUUCACAACCGACUGAGAACCGACUAAUGUAAAGAAUGUUAUUAAGAGAUUGUAGAAGUGCGGUUUCCCUGCUCGUUGUACUCCUGUCUAAAGAAACAAUCCUCACCACAACCACAACGACCUCACUCUUCUCACAUGCAUAAACAGUAGGAACGAUAUAUAUAUAUUAUAUAUUAUUUUCUGAAGACGAGUAUAUUCUGACGUUUUUUUUUAAAGAAGUGUCGUUAGUCGUGAGGUUUGCUCCAAUGCGUUACAUUGAGAUGGAGACGUGUGGUUCAAUACAGUGGAUCGGCUCCCGGAACAGAUCACUUUUUGCUGGCAGAAGACAGUCGAAUGCUUAUUUUGCUGUUUAAAAAAAAAGGACAAAAUGUUUUGAGAUUUGAAAAGUGUUUUAAUAUACAAUCAUAAACAGCUGCGAGCAUUGAGCUCACCUUGGAGGAGCUGAUCCUGGGUCAGGGAGGACACGUUUCUAAAAACCUUCAGCUGAACUUCGUCAGCGUAAACGUAUUAACUUCUGCAUAUAAACAAACUACAUUUCAGUGUUUGUAAAGUCUCCUUUUGGAGUUGCAAAACCCCUUUUUUCAUGUUGACUGAGUUGAGGAGCAGAUGCCCAUUUAGUUUUAUCCUCUGGUGGGGAGCUCCUUUAUGAAUUGCAGUGAAGUGCAACACCAAACUGAACCCGGGUCAGCGCUCCGCCCGUCCUCUCCAUUGUAUAGCACAUAAUGUAUAGAAGAAAGGGAAACGUUCCUCUUUAAUAAAAUGUUUUUUUAUUCGUG